CUUUUUAGCUCAGUUCAGUUCGAGUCGUCGCGGGCGGUGGUUGCAUCACAAGGUGUAAAGCACCGCUCGCUCGUCUCUCAUCGGUUCCCCACCGUACCGGUUACUUCCUGCCGCGAGUCUUUAUUAUCGGAGCGUAUCCGGUGAGAUUUUAAAAACCGCGAUAUAUCGCGUAUGCUCGGGAGUGCGUCGCGACACGUGCAACCGUACGGAUCGAGUGAAUUACGUCUGUCAUUCUUGAUCGUCUCAUUCACAUUCGUUGUACUCGUGAUCGCUCUGUGUUAAAUCUGGAGAUGCGCUUCGUUGCAUCUCAAGGCUAAUUUCGAUAUCCGCGGAGAGGUUUCUUCAACGACGGCAAAAGGAAACGUCGCGAAGUUGAGCAAUGUUGUGAAAAAUCGACGAUUACGGAAUUUUUUCGCAUGUUACCUUCACGAAAAGUGAUUCGAUCUCGAAACAUUGCGAAGGAAAAACGCGCGCGGUUGAUCGAAGGAUCAGCGAUCGGCAUUUAGAAGAAAAGGACGGAAUAUCUCGUCUAAAAGAUGAAGCAUGAGGGAAAUUGUUCAACGGCGGAGGAUUCCAAUGGAAUUUUGUUGCAACCUAGGAAGAACUCGGCGGUGCGGCUGCAGAUCGUGCCGAUGCAACCAAAGACGAUCACGCAUUUGCCGAAAAGACCACCGGUCGACCUGGCAUUCACCGAUCUUACAUAUAAGGUCCGAGAAGGCCGCAAAAAUAAUUCGAAAACAAUCCUCAAAUCCGUCAGCGGCAGACUGCGCUCCAGCGAGCUAACGGCUAUUAUGGGUCCUUCAGGCGCUGGAAAGUCAACGCUCUUAAAUAUCCUCACCGGAUACAAGAUGUCAAGUGCAGAAGGCAGCAUCACGAUAAAUGGCCAGGAAAGAAACCUCAGUGCCUUCAGGAAACUCUCCUGCUACAUCAUGCAGGAUAAUCAACUUCAUAUGAAUCUAACGGUAGCGGAAGCUAUGAAGGUUGCAGCGAGUCUUAAACUCGGCUCACACGUUAGUCAAGCAGAGAAAGAAGAAGUGAUCCAGGAAAUCCUUGAAACUCUCGGCUUGUCUGAGCAUCGCCGUACUAUGACCUCGAACCUGAGUGGCGGUCAAAAGAAAAGGCUCUCCAUCGCUCUAGAGUUAGUGAAUAAUCCUCCUAUAAUGUUUUUCGAUGAACCAACUAGCGGUCUGGACUCCUCAUCCUGUUUUCAAUGCAUCUCGUUGCUGAAAACUUUGGCACGUGGCGGCAGAACGAUAAUUUGUACAAUUCAUCAGCCUAGUGCAAGACUUUUCGAGAUGUUCGAUGCUCUCUAUACGUUAGCCGAAGGUCAAUGCGUUUAUCAAGGUUCUACAUCACAGUUGGUGCCUUUCCUAAGAUCAAUUGGCCUCAAUUGUCCGAGUUAUCACAACCCAGCAUCAUUUAUCAUUGAAGUGUCGUGCGGCGAAUAUGGUGACAAUAUCAAGAAUUUAAUUAACGCGAUAAACAACGGCAAGUACGAUAUACGUGAAGGACAUCCAUUCUCCGAGACGAAAGAGGGAAUGAACAAUUGCACUGCUGCGACGGGUAUAUUGAAGAACAGCGAUAAUUUGGACAAAGCAAAGAUCAAAGACAAAAACGAUAUCAGUAAUCUGCAGGAAAAGUUCCCGGAGGAGAAAAACGAAAUUAAUAACGGAAAACUCAUUCAUGAUUACACUACAAACGACAUUGCUAAGCAAGCAUUAGAUGUGACAAUACCAAUAGAUUCGGAUAAGAAGGACAAUGCUAACAUAGCUCUGCUCGAUGAAUCAAUCGUAGUCACACCUGAGAGAUAUCCCAUAUCCGAGUUCAAGCAAUUUUACAUCAUUCUGAAGCGCGCCCUACUUUUCAGUCGUAGAGAUUGGACUCUCAUGUAUCUCCGACUUUUCGCUCACAUUCUAGUAGCAGGGCUAAUCAGCGCACUGUAUUACGAUAUCGGAAACGAUGGCGCCAAAGUACUUAGUAAUCUGGGUUUCUUGUUCUUCAACAUGUUGUUCCUGAUGUAUACUUCCAUGACAAUCACAAUUCUGUCCUUUCCGUUAGAACUGCCUGUACUUUUGAAAGAAAACUUCAACAGAUGGUACUCUCUAAAGUCGUAUUAUUUGGCGAUUACCAUUUCGGAUCUACCGUUUCAGACGGUAUUUUGUAUAUUGUACGUCACUGUUGUGUACUUCCUUACGAGUCAGCCAGCGGAUAUAACGCGAUUCUCCAUGUUCUUGGGCACUUGUUUAUUGAUAUCUUUUGUUGCUCAAUCAGUGGGUCUCAUGGUAGGUGCGGCGAUGAACGUGCAAAACGGCGUGUUCCUCGCGCCGGUGAUGUCGGUGCCUUUUCUUCUCUUCUCAGGAUUCUUCGUCAGCUUCGACGCGAUUCCGGUCUAUCUACGAUGGAUCACAUAUCUCAGUUACAUCAGAUACGGUUUUGAAGGAACUGCUUUGACCAUUUACGGCUUCGGCCGAGAGAAACUAAAAUGUUUCCAGGUAUACUGCCACUUCAAGGAUCCAGAGACGACUUUGGAAGAAUUGGACAUGCUUAACGCUGACUUUACUUUGGAUAUUCUCGCUCUCCUGCUCAUCUUUGUCGUGCUGCGAAUUGCCGCGUAUCUCUUCCUGCGUUGGAAGAUUAAGACCGCCCGAUAAACCAUCAAUAUGUAUAAACGUUGUAAAAUCAGAUGUGGUUACAAGUUAUGCUAGUUAAUACAAGUGUUAUUAUCUGUCGCGUAGAACCUCGCAGGCAAAAAUGGAUGCAUUUUUCAUAAUCUCGUAAAUUAUAUUUUAAAAUGGCGAUACGAAGACUCGGUUCCAGCAUCUCGCGACAAUAACAAUCAAUAACAAUCAUAUAAGGAACUUUACGCGAACAAUGGAUUCUCGCGACUUCUCGGUGAGAACUCUCGCGAAAAUAAUAUUCAUUGUCGAAGAGGCAUUAAUACAUUUCGAAAGUAUUACGAAGUAUCUACUUUUUGUCACAUUUUAGAGUUGCUAAAGUUUAGUUGAUAAUAAGACCAAUACUAAUGUAACUUAUUUAUAUCCUUAAUUUAAUAACGACGACGGCUGGUAGUUACGAUUGCAACAUUUGUGCAGGGUACUAUUCUAUACUAUAUAUAUAUAUGUGCACGUAUACAUAUACAGGGUGUCCGCAAAGCUCAUAUAUAGCGGGCUAAACAGAGGACUUUUCAAUUCAGUUUAAUCCGCUGUAUUUACAUGAGCGCUUUGUUAAAACUUAUCGAACACCGUGUAUAUUUGAAAUAUACUAUAUCUUCCCCUUUUUACUAUGUCAGUACUCUCUAAAUCUUUUAGAAUGAAUCUCACUCUGAAUUGUGAAAUCUCAAUUUCAAAAAUUGAAAAUCAUCCUUUCAAGAUUUUUUUUUCAAGAAUAAGAUUCCACUCCAAAGAAUUUAGAGAGUAUGUAUAUUUUCGUUAGAACACAAUCAAGCAUUGAUCUUGAAUUUAUGGUCAAAUUUAAGCAUUAAAUUCAAGCAUAAAAUCAGCGUGAUCAUGCAGUGACUUAAGAUAUUAUCAAUUAUUUGGAAUAUAUGCCAAAAACUGGAACUGUUUUGAAUAUCAGUCAAAACAAAAUAAUAUUUAAAAUAUAUAAUCUUGAACGUAUAAAUCUUUUAAGAAUACAUCUUUUUUUUAACACUUUAUCUCAUUUCGGACAAAACAGUCUUAUUUAAAAAAAAAACACACAUCCAGAUUUUCAAACAUUUAAAAUGAAAGAUUUGUUAGAAGUUCAAAAGUUUCAAAACUUUCAAGAGUCUUCUCAAACUUUCAAAAAUCUUUCAGUUUCGUACAAUAUUUAAAGAAAUUCAAAGCAAUUUUUUUAAACACUUUAAUCAUUUGAAAAAAGAAGAAUUCAAAUGCUUAUUACUAAAUUGUGCGGCUAAACGAAGGUAAAACGAAAAGAUCAACUCGUACGUGUUCCUCAAGAGCGUCUUAUUAAUUGCCCUCAAUUGUGCCUAAUCUGUGUGAACAAACAUGCCUUAAUCAAUGAUGUUUCACGAACAACCAUUCUAUUUUAUCCAAUGGCUGUGAGCUUCAUGAUGCAAAGAAAAAGAAGAAAGGGUUAAGGAAGAUCAAAUGUGAAUAAUUGUGUUCUUAAAAUUAAGGUCGGAUGAAACGACGAACGUCUGAAAUGAUUUAUAAGCGCAUGAAUUUAUAUACAUAUAUAUAUCUUGCCAGAUUAAGUUCACACAUUGAAGGUCAAAUGUUUUUGAUGCUUUACAAGAGAAAGACGGUUCUAUCGAGCUGUCAAAAUGAGUGUUUACGCACGUUUAAAAGCUUGCGAAUUUCGCAGUCAUAUUCCUAAGCAGAACAACAAGUCACGAUAACAUCAAGUCAAAAUGACAUUAAAAUAAAUCGAAUACAUAAUUAAAACGUGAUUUUUAAUCAUUUUAAUGUCAUUUUAAUGACUUGUAUUUUGCUUAGGUUUCGAUGUUGAAGAUAAUAGCGUGCAAAUGUACAUAAAGAUAUUUUUUAGAUAACUUAGAACAAAUAAUGGCAAAUAAAUUCUUUCUACGUUACUCUGUAUCUGUAUCAGUGCUCAAAAACUGAUGCAAAAAACAAAUUUUUAUACAUUUUUGAAAACAAAUUAAAUUAUUAAGUUAAUUUGUUGUAUAUGAAUUGUUACUCAAGAGGUUUUUUCAUAUACAGUAAGUAUAUGUUUCAUAUACAUGUAAGAUUACAAACAAGCGUGAGUUAAUUUUUCUAGUGUUAAAUCGUUAAGUGGUAGAAAUAAAACUUCUAAAAACGGGAAAGGAAAAUAACAAUUUAAGAUGACUCUAUGUCGUUGUAAAUUAAUAUAUUAAAAUUCUUAUUUGUAUUAUAUAUUUUCUUAUAACUCACCAAAGUUAAGGAUUUGAAUCGACGAUUUACAAAUAUGAAUACGUAUUAAUGCGAUUGCGACGCUCAAAUGGAUAAAGCAGUCCUUACGAUAUAAGUACAUGUAUAUUUUUACUUAUUGUUAAAUGAAACGAACAAUAAUCAAUUGAUAACAUAAUUGAUUGUUAGUAUAAAUAUACUUUUGUAAAAGAAGAUGCGUCGAGAUGUACAUGUAUCUAUAAUUAUGCCGAAUUGGCAUAAUCCUUACUGUAGUUUACGCUGUACAAUACGAAUAAAAUAUGCUUUUUGUAAUACGAUAAA